AUGUCUCGCGAAGCCUACACCCCUCCCUCGCUGUCCAACAACGCCGCGGGCUCCUCGCAACCGAACGCCUUCGCAAUCGGCGGCACGGGCAACACCUUCGAGGACACUUCCAAGCCCGUUCAGUACCUCUGCGGCGACUGCGAUACCAAAGUGACGCUGAAGAAGGGCGAUCCGAUCCGUUGCAAGGAGUGUGGAUACCGUGUGCUGUACAAGGAGCGCACCAACAGGAUGAUUCAGUUCGAGGCGCGAUGA